UUUGAAGUAUUUACAAAUUGUUUAUUGAAAUGAAUAAAUGCUGCAAAAUCGACGCGUAAACAAGCGAGAAGUUAAAAUCAAAAUUUUUGUGUGAAUUGUACCCAGAAGUAUUCCAAAAUUUCCCGUUAAUUGAUAAUUGAAAUGAUAGCUUUAGCAAAUCCAGAUCCGGCCAUUGAAAUCGCAGAAAAUUUCGAAAAAUUGUCUACAAAGUUUGAAGUGUUUUACCAAGGUCAUCCAGUGAAAGUGCGUACUUUGGGGUCCUCAUAUGAUGUUUCAUUCGUUAAAGACGCUGAACUUCUUGCGUUUACACCGGAGAACUCAAAAUGUAAAUUCCAUGUGUGUUUCGGUGAAAAUGACGAACAUACGAUGGAACCUGAUAGAGUCAAUAUUGAUGCCAAUGAGGUCGAUUCGGCCAAUUUUCAAGCAUUCAUAAAGGAUGUAAACGAUUGUAUUGACGAUUUCGAUAUAAUUCUUCGAAAUGAGAAGUGUUUGAUUUAUCAUGAAGACUAUGGGAUUUGGAUCGAGGCUGAAAUUAUUGAUGUCCAUCUCUCGAGCUCUUGCUAUUAUCAUGUCAAUUACAACAGACAUUUUUCAGGAUCUGGGAAAGUGUUGGCACGUAAUGUCCGUCUUAAUCAUUCUUUCUGCUCGUGUGGAUCGUAUGUACCUAGGGAUUAUUUGAAAAAGCAUCGAGAUUGUGCGGUUCAUCUCGGACAUGCCUUAACAAAAGUUUAUCUUCGUUUUCUGGCGGAGUACAAAGGUCUUGAGGUUACUGUUCGUGGUCAACAAGCUACGCUUGAGGAGACUUGUAAGCCAUGGUUAGAUGAAAAUAUUAGGUUUCGUCUCAAACUCAUUGAAAAUGGUGAAGAAAUCGAAGAAAGUUUCCAAAAUAUUGAUUGUGGACAUCAAUGCAUAGUUUGUCGCAAAGUUUUCACUGGCGCUGAAAUUGUUUGCCAUUUGGAAACACAUUUUUAUGGCUUGAAUGUUGGUCCGCUAGUAGGUAAUGAUGUAUUAGCACAGAUGUCACGGGAUUUGAUUGAAAAAUUCCAGCAAUUCGAUUGGGGUCUUAAAAAAGCUCAGGCUAUUGUUCAUGAUGAAGAACAUUUUGAAUGGAUCCUCGUUGAACUCCAAUCUCUCAGUCUAUCUAAAUCUGGUUGUGCAACUUAUCACGUACGACAUUUACAGAGAAAUGCUGAUAACGAAUGGGUGGAAGCUCAAAAUGUGCGCAAUGAAUUUUGGAUUUGCCCUGAUUGCGCUACGCCUGCAUACUUCCCUCGGCAUGAAGUUCAAGAACAUGUGUCAAGCCACACUGAUGAUAGCGGUAUAUUUGGUUAGGUUUGGAUAAGCUUUUAAAUAAAAUACAGAGCAUCUGAUCGUUGAAUGUU